UCAAAAUGCAAGUGAUGUAAAAUUUGAAAGUCACCUUUUGUUCAGUGAAAUAGUGAGAUACAAGAAGAAAAAAUGUUCAAUUUUGUAAUUAAUAAGUUGGAUUCACCAGCAAUAGCAAAUCAAGGUGAUGUAGAGAAGGUUCGAGCGCUUAGCAUAGAUGUAUAUCCAAAAGAAGUGUUGAAAACCAAAAGUGUGCGCCAAAUAGCAGACGUUGAAGAGAGUGGAUGCGUCGAAAAUGAAAAACCUACUGAAACCAAAGGUGACGAUGAAAAAGAAGCUCAAAAUAAUGAUUGGAAAUUAUCUGAUUUUCAAAAUGAGAAGCGAUUGGGCUAUGGACGAUUCGGCAAAGUUUAUUUAGUACAUGAAAAAAGCACGAAAUAUGUUUAUGCAAUGAAGAAGCAAACUCGCGAUCCAAUGACCGAAAUUUUAGUGUGGCGUGAGAUCGGAAUACAAAGGGAAUUGUGUCAUAAAAACAUCCUACGAUCAUACGGUUAUUUUUUUGAGGACGCACAGAUUUAUUUAAUCUUGGAAUAUGCACCAUAUGGUAAUUUGCGUAAGAAAUUAGAUAAACAACCAUAUAAGCGAUUCGAUGAGAAAUGUGCUGCUAAAUACAUUAAUGCAUGUGCGGAUGCGCUUAGUUAUCUGCAUGAACGGGACAUUAUUCACAGAGACAUUAAACCGGAGAACUUAUUGUUGAGCUACAACGAUAGACUGAAAAUCGCCGACUUCGGUUUAUCUGUAAAUGCUCAAAACCAAAGACGACGAACAAUUUGUGGAACUCCCGAUUAUUUACCACCCGAAAUCAUGAACGGUGAACCUUAUUCGAAAGAAGUUGAUUUGUGGAGUCUCGGUGUCUUAAGCUACGAUCUUCUGGUUGGCGAAUGGGCAUUUUGCGGUUCUUCUAAAGAAAAUAUUUACUGGAAAACAAUCAGGGCAAAAUUCAAUCCAUUUCCCGAUUUUCUUUCACAAAGCGCUGGAAAUUUGAUUAAAAGACUAAUUGUUGUGAAUCCAGAGUGCCGUUUAACGCUGUUCGAUGUACAAAAUCAUCCUUGGAUCAUAGCUAAUAAUAUGCCAUAAUUUUAGAUUGUUUUUUUCGAAUUAGGCUUUUGUCACAAAAUUUGUAUCCCACUUUGAACUAUUUCAGGAUAAU